AUGAUCCUCUCCAUUGCGCAGACGGGGAAGCGGGCUCCUCUCGAAGAAUUCCUCGGCACCGUGCACGGUUCAGCCGCGGAGAGGCAGGCGCGGGCCCCCGGGACGCUGACUGUGGGGAGAGUGAAAUUCUUCCACCCCCACCGCGGGGAGGUCAACUUCUCCGCCUUCUCCCCGGAUGGCCAGACCCUGCUCACAGCCUCUGAGGACGGUUGUGUGUAUGGCUGGAAAACCCAGAGCGGGAAUCUGCUGUGGAGGUUGGGUGGCCACACAGGCCCUGUGAAGUUCUGCCGCUUCUCCCCUGAUGGCCGCCUCUUUGCCAGCACCUCCUGUGACUGUACCAUCCGCCUGUGGGAUGUAGCAGAAACUAAGUGUCUGCAGAUCUUAAAGGGCCACCAGCGGAGUGUGGAAACAGUCAGCUUCAGUCCUGACUCCAAGCAGCUGGCAUCGGGUGGCUGGGACAAGCGGGUGAUGCUCUGGGAGGUGCAGUCUGGCCAGAUGCUGCGCCACUUAGUAGGACACCAAGACUCCAUCCAGAGCAGUGACUUCGCACCCAGUUCAGACUGUCUGGCCACUGGUUCCUGGGACUCCACCAUUCGUAUCUGGGACCUUCGGGCAGGGACUCCAGCGAUCUUCCACCAGGAGCUGGAGGGUCACAGAGGCAACAUCAGCUGCCUGUGCCACUCAGCAUCCGGCCUGCUGGCAUCUGGCUCCUGGGACAAGACCAUCCACAUCUGGAAGCCCUCGACCAGAAGCCUGCUUGUCCAGCUCAAGGGCCAUGCCACCUGGGUGAAGAGCAUAGCUUUCUCCCCAGAUGGGUUGCAGCUGGCCAGCGCUGGCUACUCCCAAAUGGUCAAAGUCUGGGACUGCAACACAGGAAAGUGCAUUGAAACCCUGAAGGGAGCCCUGGAUGUGGCCCACGCCUGCACCUUCACCCCAGAUGGGAAACUCUUAGUUUCUGGAGCUGCUGAUUAG